CAACUGGCCUGGCUGUCCUCAGCUCCUCUGUCUCCGGGCACACAGCUAGUGCUGCGAGGUAGUUCUGGCCGCCUCCUAGUAUUCACACCGGACCCUAAGUUUCUUAGGUCCGCAGACCUGGUCUCUUGUCGGGCCGCAGGGCUCAGGCUCUGAGGAGAAUGGAUCCUGCUUUGGAUACAUGGGACUUCUCACCUUUAAUAUCGUUAUGGAUAAACAGGUUUUACAUAUACUUGGGCUUUGCCUUUGGUUUUAGCCUUUGGAUUUGUUUCCAGAUUGUCAUCAGGAAGCAGAACAAGAACUCACAGGAUAAAACCAUUCCAAAAGCAUCUCAGGAUUUGAUGACGAAUGGCUAUAUCUCUCGUCCAAAGAAGGAAGUCUUUGUGUCUGGAGUGAAGAUAUUUUAUGGUUCUCAGACUGGCACAGCAAAGGGAUUUGCGACAAUUCUGGCUGAAGCACUUAGCUCCCUUGAUCUGCCUGUGGCAAUGAUUAAUCUGAAGGACUAUGACCCUGAUGACCAUCUCGUAGAAGAGGUUACCAGUAAAAAUGUUUGUGCCUUCCUGGUUGCCACCUACACUGACGGUCAGCCGCCUGAGAGCGCCGAGUGGUUCUGCAAGUGGCUGGAGGAAGCAGCCAACGACUUUCGAUUUGGCAAAACGUACCUGAAGGGGAUGAGAUACGCGGUGUUUGGCCUGGGAAAUUCUGUGUACGUGAGCCACUUCAACAAGGUGGGGAAGAACGUGGACAAGUGGCUCUGGAUGCUCGGUGCUCAUCGCGUGAUGACCCGAGGGGAGGGCGACGGCAACGUGGUGAAAAGCAAACACGGCAGCAUUGAGGCCGACUUCACUGCUUGGAAGGCCAAGUUCAUCUCCCGGCUGCUGGCGCUCUGCAAAGGAGAGGGCAAGCGCUGCAGGGGCAGCUGCAAGAAAGGCAAGUGCGAGUCCAGCCAGCGUGGCUCAGAGGCGGCGGAGCCAGGGUCCCACGCGCGAGAGGAAUUGCAUCACAGAGACGCCGAGUUGAUGUUCCAGGAGGAAGAGCCCUUUGAGAGCAGCAGUGAGGAAGAGUCUGAUGCUGAGGACCGUCAGAGCCGAAAUUCUGUCGUUGAUGUUGAAGACCUCGGCAAAAUUAUGGAUCAUGUGAAGAAAGAAAAGAGAGAAAAGGAGCAGCACGAAGGGGAAACAGGUGUGACCAGGAGCCUGGUGAAGAGCGAAGCCAGUGAGAGAAGAGCUAUGAUCACUCCUGCUCUCCGAGAAGCCCUCACUAAACAAGGUUAUCAGUUGAUUGGGAGCCACUCUGGGGUGAAGCUUUGCAGAUGGACAAAGUCCAUGCUCCGAGGGAGAGGAGGUUGCUAUAAACAUACAUUCUAUGGCAUUGAAAGCCAUCGUUGCAUGGAAACUACCCCGAGCUUGGCAUGCGCGAAUAAAUGUGUCUUCUGUUGGCGGCACCACACCAAUCCAGUGGGUACUGAAUGGCGAUGGAAGAUGGACCAGCCUGAAAUGAUCUUGAAGGAAGCCAUUGAAAACCAUCAGAACAUGAUCAAGCAGUUUAAAGGUGUGCCAGGCGUCAAAGAAGAACGCUUUGAGGAGGGAAUGACAGUAAAGCACUGUGCGUUGUCCCUCGUGGGAGAGCCCAUCAUGUACCCAGAAAUCAACAAGUUUCUGAAGCUGCUUCACGAGUGUAAAAUCUCCAGUUUCCUGGUCACAAAUGCACAGUUCCCUGCGGAAAUCAGGGACCUCAAACCAGUUACCCAGCUCUACGUCAGUGUGGACGCUAGCACCAAAGACAGCCUGAAGAAAAUUGACCGCCCACUCUUCAAGGAUUUCUGGCAAAGAUUCCUUGAUAGUUUAAAAGCCUUGGCUGCAAAGCAACAACGUACUGUCUACAGACUGACUCUAGUGAAGGCAUGGAACGUGGAUGAGCUCCAGGCCUAUGCCGAGCUGGUGUCCCUGGGGAACCCUGACUUUAUCGAGGUGAAGGGUGUUACCUACUGUGGAGAGAGUUCGGCGAGCAGUCUUACCAUGGCCAACGUGCCCUGGCAUGAGGAGGUGGUGCGCUUUGUCUGUGAGUUGGUGGAUCUGAUCCCUGACUAUGAAAUCGCUUGUGAACACGAGCAUUCCAACUGUCUUCUAAUAGCUCACAAGAAGUUUAAGAUUGGCAGAGAAUGGUGGACAUGGAUCGAUUACAGCCGCUUCCAGGAGCUUAUUCAGGAAUAUGAAGAUAGUGGCGGAUCAAAAACUUUCAGCGCAAAGGAUUAUAUGGCCAAAACGCCUCACUGGGCCUUAUUUGGUGCCAACGAAAGAGGCUUUGAUCCCAAGGAUACCAGAUAUCAGAGAAAGAACAAAUCAAAGGAUAUUUCUGGAUGUUGAGAUCGUCUGAAUUUAGGAUACCGAAGGACACGAACCGAUGGCAACAGAAGGUUCUCAGACUCCACUGUGAUUUUUUUCCAAGGACAGGUUACGCAAAUAAUAUUUCACAUAGAGAAGGGUGUGAGGCAGAACACGGGGAUGCAAGUCAUGUCCCAAGGCUCAGGAGAGAGCAGCCACACUGGAGUGCCUGGGAGUUGGCCUCACCGUCUCUUUCCAGAAUUCAGUCCCUUUUCUGAAUUUACUUCUGAAAGAAAACCAUCUUGACGGGCAAGUCCAUGAGCAUGAUUAGUUUUGAAUUACAACUAGGAGGACUCGCUGGGAUGCCAUCCAUGGGAGUGUUGUACAGUGUGAAUUUCUGUUUCUCUUCCCUCAUCAUGGGCUGUUGGUCUUCUGUCGAUUGUACUACCUUGAGGUCCACGUGUCUGCUCACUGUGAGAUCUCCAUCCCUUUCUUACGUCUGAUGAUAACACCUCCUGAAAGUAAUUUAAAUUGUCAUCAUUCUCAAUUACUUUAAAUACCACAUAGAUUUCUUUGAAGUUUUGCUUACUUCCAAGCCUUUAGAAAUUGAAUCAGAUCUAAAACUGUACUAGAUUUCAUUGUUCCCGUACAGAUUGCCAGAGAAGGUAGCAUGUGAGCUGGAGUAGAGUAAAAUCUUCUGUAAGGGGAAUUGUCAUGUGAUGUCACUGGAUAGUUAGUCUCACACACUGUGAAACUAGUACAGUUUGCUUUUGCUUUGAAAAGUCAGCGUGUAAACUCAUCACUACCCUUCUCGAAGGUUUCCGUCUUCUUUCACUCUUGUGCCCUCGCUACUUCCUGCCGUGUUUUUUUUUAAGGCUCAAUUUUUUUUUCUAGUUGAAAACAUCACUAAAUACUCAGUGAUUUUUUACAGUAUUAGUUAUUUUAAAAAUUCCUUUAUCCUAAAAAUCUAAUAAAUAUCUUUUGUAAAGACUUGGACCACACAUUUUCUUUUGAGAGCUUAUUUUAAAGAUGCUUCUAGUCCUGUGUCUCUAAGCCCCAUCAGACCCACCCCCCCUCCCCGCACCCAUAUAUUCUCCCUGUAUCCUCUGCUGAACUUCAUUAUGAUAUAAUCUACCUACUCAUUUAGUUGAAAACCGGGCACUGUAUUUAUAUCUGAGUGAUAGAGUCAAAACAUGUCUCUCUGUUGUGCCAUACGGUGAAAUCUGAUGUUCUUCGUCAGCCCACCACAUCCUCACAUCCCAUGUUCCGUUAACUCCUGAGACAGACAAGGGACGGGAGUGAUCCAGGCCAGUGAGGCAAGAUCUCAGUGCAGCUCGGAUGUGUUAGUGGUCAUUGAGCAGAGAUGGAAGAUCACUGUGAAGUAGAGCAGCGCCAUGUGGUCAGCGCUCAUGCUGGGGGGCACACAGAUUGGCUAUUGUCUGUGACAGUCAGCUGAGCACACAGCUCUUGGAAACACUUCAGGGGCUACUGUGAGGAGCAGGGCAGGUGGCAGGGCCUGUUUGACUUUGGACUGUCCCUCAGCCUCCUUUUCAGCCGGGCACUUCUGCUUUUAUUUUUUCAUGCAUUGAGGUUCUGCUCACAAUUUAAUUUGAACGAACAUAUUGUUGCUGCAAAGGGAAAACAUACAACAAACCUCUCACCUCCUGAAUGAACCCUCCUGAUGCCAUUAGCUUUAAGUACAUAAAUGAGCAGUUUUUCUCCCUCUGCCGUCCAGGAAGUGUUUGCUUUAUAUUUUUAAAAGAUAGCAUGGCAUAUUAAUCCUGGUUCACAGACACAGCAGAGAAAUUUAAAUGCCUAGGGGAAAAAAAUACAGUAGAAUCCGUGUGAAAAAAAUUCAGUGUUUGCUGAGCAGUAUUCGAGUAGAAAAGAUGGGAAGUUUGAAUGUUCUUAGAAGGUAAGCUGCUUAGAAAAUAGCAUUCUAGAUGUCCAGUGGAAGUUCUUGUUGGAGUUUGAGCCAAUGAUUCCUACAUUCUGCUGAAAAAAACAGCCAAUAAAAAUAGUUACAAAAUUCUAGAAAAAUCAUUAUUCAAGGAAAGUCCCUUUGCAAGAUAUUAAAUCAUGUUGUCUAAAUAAUUAAAACAACAUGAAACAAGAAGUCAACUUCCAAAAUGACAGAGUAAGAACCUCAGUGAACUCACUCUCCCUCGUUAAAACAGUGAAAAUACGGGCAAAAAAACUAAAACCAGUGAACUGUAGCGUGUGCGCUUACUCAUUCAUAUCCGACUCUUUGUGACCCCAAGGACUGUAGCCCACCAGGCUCCUCUGUCCAUGGGAUUUUCCAGACAAGAAUACUGGAGUGGGUUGCCAUUUCCUCCUCCAGGGAAUCUUUCAGACCCAGGGAUCAAACCUGUGUUUCCUGCAUUGGCAGGUGGAUUCUUUACCACUGCACUACCUGGGAAGCCCAUGAAUUGUAGAAUUCUUGACAGUUUAACCAAAGCUUCACCAUGAGCUGAAAAUCAUCUGUUAAGAGAAACUACUGAACCUCAAUGAAAAUUAACAGUUUACUUCUCAUCAGAAAGCAUAGAGGCCAGAAGACAGUGGGAUGAUGUCUUUAAAAAGCUGGAAGAAAAGACUUCCUACCAGAAAUUCUAUAUCUAGCUAGAUUUUCCUUCAAAAUUAAAGAAGAAAUUAAGACAUUUCCAGAUAAGCAUGAAGUAAGAAUUCAUCACCAGCAGACCUGCCUACAAGGAGGAGUCCUCAGGCCUUAACAAAUGUAUGUUAGCCACUAACUUGAAACCAUGCGAAGAAAGAGCAUUGGUGAAAGUACCUAUGUAAGUUUUAUAAAAGACAAUAUAAGUGUAUUUUUGUUUGUAACUCUCCUGUCUGUUUUAUAAGACAACUGUGUAAAGCAGUAUUUAUAAAAACUGGGUUAAUGGACUUAGAAUGUAUAAAGAUGUAAUUUGUAUGACAGUCAUAGCACAAGAGGAGUGUGGGGGGGAACCAAGGUAUACUGGAGCAAGUCUUGAUUACCCACUUUUGAAAUUGAGUAUGUUUCCAAAAUGAAUUGUUUUAAGAUGCUAAUUGUAAUCUCUAGAAUGGCCAUAAGAAUAAAUUUUAAAAAUUACAGAAAAAAAUUU